AUGAGUCCCGUCAACCAGAAGACAGGCUCUCGCACCAUACGUCGUCAUUUAUUCUCGCUAUCGUCAGUCUUCCGCUCACAGGAAAGCAAGAGAGCUAGUGUGGCUGCUGCAGUGCAGGAAGAGCCAACUUGCAUGGAAAGAAUCCAUUACCCUGUGUUUAAUCCCCUGGACCCUCGCCACAAUCCAGAGAUAUCGACUCUGUCGUGGAAUGCCCGUGAGCAACGAAAUUCGUCUUCGGAAUCGCGCAGUCCAAUGGCAUGGGUCCAAUCAAUCUCAAGACGCUCUCUCCAUAGAGCACGGUCGGGUCUGAUGGCACUGCGAUCGGGAUUUAGUCACCGUUCCAGUGAAGAAAGCAAUACUGAGAAAGGUUUUGUUAGCCCCGUUGCUCUCAGGCGCGAAAGAGAACGCCAUGGAGUCUCAACCGGAGCGUACACUUCAGAGACACAAGAAGACAUGAACUUCGGCGCCGAACUAUCUCGUAUGGAUCUCGCACCGCCUCCUCCAUCGUCCCAUACUGAAGUUGGGUCUCUUGUCCACGUCCCGUCUAUCAACUCAAUCCAUGGCUCGUUCGCAACAGUCCCCGCAUCUGCAUCUACGUCCGGACUCUACGAAUCUUCCAGUCGAGCUGUAAGUCAUUCAGGGGCGGACUCGACUCAUUCACAAGCCAACAACCAUGAUCUUGCCUUCCAAUGUGCUGGGAGUGGAGAGUUGGAGGCGAAUAUGAAUUCUGAGGACCACUUAGCUCACACCACGCCAUCCACAGAAAACCAUUUAGUGCGGCAGACAUUGGACGUUGCAAUCUCUACUGAUGAAGAGAUUAAAAUGUCCACCCGCAAACUGGCAGAUCCUCAGUCAGCUUGUGGAGAGCAACAAACAACAAAUCUUCAACAGCAAAAUACCAGUUCGGAUACACAAACCAGUGAUGAAUCAUCAAGCUCAAUUCCCAUCUCGAGACAGUCCUCCGCCGAAGUUCGAUUUGCAUUCCCGGGAUAUACCAUGAGGCGCUCAACCAGUGGACGAGACAACAUGGUAGUCCUAACCCCAGUCAUCACAUUGCCAACAGUGAAAACAGUCCCAACACCAGCCCUCACAGUUCCAGCCAUAGUCAACACAGCCAACACAGAAGAAGCCUCAUACGCCUCUCAAGGCCCACUCGAACGCAUUGUGCUUCAAGAUGAUACACACAGCAACAUACCCCAUACCAUGAACAAGAUGAAAGUCUCAUACCUUUGA